UGGUUCAAUUUCAAUUGGUUCAUGAUUAUCGUCAUUGUUAUCAUUGUAUUUGUAUCAGUACCUUCCGCUUUUCACAGCAAUUUCAUAUGUUUCAUAGUUAAAAAUCCAAUAAAAUACCAUGUUAAUUAAAGAAUACCGUGUAACGUUGCCCCUAACUGUAGAGGAGUAUCAAGUUGCUCAGCUAUUCAGUGUAGCUGAGGCAUCCAAGGACAAUACCGGUGGUGGAGAAGGCAUCGAAGUCCUGAAGAAUGAACCGUUCACCAAUUACCCGCUAUUGGGCGACAAAUACAGCAGUGGACAGUAUACUUACAAAAUAUACCACUUGGCGAGCAAAGUGCCGGCCUUCAUAAGGCUUCUUGCCCCGAAAGGUAGUCUGGAGUUCCACGAAGAAGCUUGGAAUGGUUAUCCUUAUGCCAGGACCAUCAUUACGAACCCGCUCUAUAUGAAAGACAAAUUCAAAUUAGUAAUAGAGACUUUACAUGUUGCCGAUAGAGGUCACCAAGAAAAUGUGCACGAACUACCCGCGGACAAAUUAAAGCAGAGGGAGGUGGUAUUCAUUGACAUCGCCAAUGAUUCGUUAGCGGCGGGCGAUUAUAAAGAAGAAGAAGAUCCCACAAAAUUCAAAUCUCAGAAGACAGGUCGAGGACCUUUGGUCGGACCCGACUGGCGGGAUAAAGUAGAACCUAUGAUGACAUGUUAUAAAUUAGUUACCGUAGAAUUUGAAUGGUUUGGUUUACAGACGAGGGUAGAGAGUUUUAUUCAGAAAUCUGAAAGGCGGCUCUUCACAAAUUUCCAUAGGCAAGUUUUCUGUUCGAUCGACCGUUGGCAUGGCCUUACGAUGGACGACAUCCGAGUAAUAGAGGACAAGACGAAGGAAGAGCUGGAGGCGUUGCGUCAAAAGGGUGAAGUGCGGGGCAUGCGGGCAGAAUCGGAUUAAGUACCCGUUGGAGCGACAACUAGCUAAUUUUAAUUUAUAACAACUUAAAAUACAAGAAAUUAUUACAAGAGCUGUCUGAAUCCACAACUUAAUCUGGAGGCUUUCACCGAUAAACUAACCAUGUUCAGUAUUUUUAAGUAUAAAUGGAUUUAUUUUUAAAGUUUAUGGUGCAUUUAUGCUAUAUUAAAAAAUAAAGUAAUUUUA